ACUACAUCCCAUCAAAUCUCAGACGAUUCUAUUCCCAAAAACAUUAAAUCUAAACCUAUAAAAACACUUAAAGAAGAAAUGAAUGAAACAAAGCCGGAAAUCUCCCGUAUCAGAAGUUUCCUGAAUUGGGGUCUGAUACUAUUUAUAACAGUAGUCAUGGUUUUUGAUAGAUAUUUUACAGAAGCCGUGACGCCAUUAAUUGAAGAAGAAUACGGCAUCGAUACAAAGAACACUGCACUAGUAGAUGGACUAUUUGCACUUGCCUUCACCAUUCUGGCUAUAAGUCCUGUCUUUCGAUUUUUUGGAAAUCGGUUAAGCCAGAAGGUUAUAAUGUGUAUAGGGAUGACACUUUGGGCCCUGCUAGCUUUCGCCUUCUGUUUUGUACCCAAGCAGUGGUUCUGGCUCAUCCUACUCCUGCGAGGAUUAGUGGACGUGAUAGCAGAUUUUUUCUUAAGCUGUGCGUUACCACUGAUUGGACACAUGUUCUCAGCGUCCAAUCGAAGACUCGCCAUAUUUGGAUUUCAGCUGUGUAGCUUUCUUUUCAGGCUAAUAGCAAUAUGCAUAGCAGCAUUAGUGGCCAACCAAUACUCCUGGCACGUGGCACGACUGAUAGCGCCAUGCCUUGGAGUCCUUUGUUUGAGCUUACUACUGGUAUUUAUGAAGGACCCACUUGGAGGCAACACGGAAGAUGAGGAUGAUGAACCUCAAGAGAAAUGUUCCCCUUUUUCAAAUUUGAAGCCUCUGCUGACGUGGAGCUUUGCCCUUAUUAUGAUAGGUUCCCUUAGUGUGGACUUUAUUCAUGAGGGCAUGUUUGAAAUUAUUCCUGAUUUCUUGGUCAGAAGAAGAAAUGAGACGGAGAAACAAUGGCCCCUUUUCUUGUCUCAGAAUUACUACAGUGACUUUAUGAUCUACUCAGUAAUCAAAUGUGCAGCGGAUGUACUCGGCAUGCUGUUAGGGAUGGGGUUCAGCAAGCUAUUAAGCAGAGAGCCUCACAGUGCAGAUCCAUGGGUCUGCGCCGUAGGACUCUUUGCCUUUGCACCCCUCUUCUCUUUGUUUUUGAUCUCCAUAAAAGAUGGCCUUGUCCUUCCAUGUUUAUUCCUCUUUAUCAGUGGAGUUUUCCUGAGCUUAAAUGAGGCCCUAUCACAGGAUAUGAUGUUGUCUAUAAUACGGCCAAAAUUCUACACAAUUGCUGGACAGCUACAGUCCUUCCUGAUGCGGUUGAUUGCAGGUGUAGGUGCUCCAUUUAUCAUUGAAUAUAUAUCUGAUAAGAUCCAGGAGUUGAAUCCUGAGAAGACUUCCUUUGAAUGCAUGAAAUUUGCCCUAAUUAUUUUAACAAUAGUGGCAGUGAUUGGAGGAGGCUGCUUCCUUUUUUCAAAUUUGAGCAUCAAAAAGGAUCGGGAAGCAGUGGACAAGAACUCUACCCCAAGCCAAUCUGAUGUGUAG